GGGCGUUGGACCCCGCAUCUUAUUAGCAACCAGGGAGAUUUCUCCAUUUUCCUCUUGUCUACAGUGCGGCUACAAAUCUGGGAUUUUUUAUUACUUCUUUUUUUAAAAAAAAACUACACUUGGGCUCCUUUUUUGUGCUCGACUUUUCCACCUUUUUCCCUCCUUCCUGCGCUGCUGCUUUUUGAUCUCUUCGACUAAAAAAUUUUUAUCCGGAGUGUAUUUAAUCGGGUCUCUUCUGUCCUCCUCGCCACCCCCACCCCCUCCCUCCGGUGUGUGUGCCGCCGCCGCUGUUGCUGCUGCCGCUGCCGCUGCUGCUGCUGCUCGCCCCGUCGUUACACCAACCCAAGGCUCUUUGUUUCCUCUCUUGGAUCUGUUGAGUUUCUUUGUUGAAGAAGCCAGCAUGGGUGCCCAGUUCUCCAAGACCGCAGCGAAGGGAGAAGCCGCAGCCGAGAGGCCCGGGGAGGCGGCUGUGGCCUCGUCGCCUUCCAAAGCUAAUGGGCAGGAGAAUGGUCACGUAAAAGUGAACGGGGACGCGUCGCCCGCCGCCGCCGAGCCGGGCGCCAAGGAGGAGCUGCAGGCCAACGGCAGCGCCCCGGCCGCCGACAAGGAGGAGCCCGCGAGCAGUGGGGCCGCGACCCCCGCCGCGGCCGACAAGGAUGAGGCUGCCGCGGCCACCGAGCCGGGCGCCGGUGCGGCCGACAAGGAGGCCGCCGAGGCCGAGCCCGCCGAGCCCGGCUCCCCCGCCGCCGAGGCCGAGGGCGCGUCCGCCUCCUCCACGUCGUCGCCUAAGGCGGAAGACGGGGCCGCGCCGUCGCCCAGCAGCGAGACCCCGAAAAAAAAAAAGAAGCGCUUUUCCUUCAAGAAGUCCUUCAAGCUGAGCGGCUUCUCCUUCAAGAAGAGCAAGAAGGAGGCGGGUGAGGGCGCUGAGGCGGAGGGCGCGACCGCCGACGGCGCCAAGGACGAGGCCGCAGCUGCAGCCGGCGGCGAGGGGGCCGCGGCCCCCGGGGAGCAGGCGGGCGGGGCGGGCGCCGAGGGCGCGGCGGGCGGAGAGCCCCGAGAGGCCGAGGCGGCGGAGGCCGAGCAGCCGGAGCAGCCGGAGCAGCCGGCGGCGGAGGAGCCGCAGGCCGAGGAGCCGUCGGAGGCCGCGGGGGAGAAGGCCGAGGAGCCCGCGCCGGGCGCCACCGCGGGCGACGCGCCCUCCGCUGCGGGGCCGGAGCAGGAGGCGCCUGCCGCCACCGACGAGCCCGCGGCGUCCGCAGCCCCCGCCGCGUCGCCGGAGCCGCAGCCCGAGUGCAGUCCGGAGGCGCCCCCCGCGCCGGCGGCCGAGUAAGCUCCCGCGCCCUCACGGAAGUCAAGAACUUUUCCCCCCAGUUUGUUUGUUGGAGUGGUGCCAGGUACUGGUUUUGGAGAACUUGUCUACAACCAGGGAUUGAUUUUGAAGAUUUUUUUUUUUUUAAUUUUACAUUUUUUUAAGCAGCAAAUUUUGUUCUUUUUUUUUUUUUUUUUUUUUUUUUUUUUUUUAGCCCCUUUCCCCACAGAUCCCAUCUCAAAUUGUUACCACCAUUCCGACAGGCCGAGGACCGUUUAGACAGCUUCCUCUGCCGCCUUUCUUUCCUUUCCUUUUACUUUUUUUUUUUUUUUUUUUUUUUUUUUUUUUUUUUUGCAUCAGUAUUAAUGUUUUUUGCAUACUUUGCAUCUUUAUUAAAAAAAUGUAAACUUUCUUUGUCAAAUCUAUGGACAUACCCAUAUAUGAAGGAGAUGGGUGGGUCAAAAGGAAUAUCAAAUGAAGUGAUAGGGGCCACUAUGGGAAAUUGAAACAGUGCAUAACAUUGCCAAGAUAAUAUGCCACUAAAAUGAUGGUGGGUGUAAAGGCUGAGGGUUUUCUUUCUUUCCUUUUUUUUUUUUUUUUUUUUUUAAAGAAAAGUUAUUACGAUGUAUUUUGUGAGGCAGGUUUACAACACUACAGGUUUUGAAUAAGAAGGAAAGAGAAAAAAUAAAAAUAAAAACACCAAUACCCAGAUUUAAAAAAAAAAUCAUAGUCUUAGGAGUUCAUCUAAACCAUAGGAACUUCUUGCUUAUCUCCUGUUAGCUAUACCAGUCAGUGACUAAGUAGAACUACAAGUUGUAUAGGCUUUAUUGUUUAUUGCUGGUUUAUGACCUUAAUAAAGUGUAAUUAUGUAUUACCAGCAGGGUGUUUUUAACUGUGACUAUUGUAUAAAAACAGAUCUUGAUAUCCUUCAGAAGCACAUGAAGUUCGCAAGUCUCCACCCUGCCCAUUUUUUGUAAAACUGCAGUCAUCUUGGACCUUUUAAACACAAAAAAUUUUAAACUCAACCAAGCUGUGAUACGUGGAAUGGUUACUGUUUAUACUGUGGUAUGUUUUUGAUUACACCAGACAAUGCUUUCUUUUCCAGUUGUCUUUGAGAAUAAAGGAAAAACAAAUCUUCAGAUGCAGUGGGUUUGUGUAGCAUCUCGUCUCGUGUUUUGUAAAUACUGGAGGAGCUUUGACCAAUUUGACAUAGAGCUGGAAUGUACCGUUGCUUACAAACAUUGCUAUUCAACUCCUGCUUAAGGUGUUCUAGUUUUCUGUGAGCACACUAAAAGCAAAAAAUAAAUGUGAAUAAAAUGUACAAAUUUGUUGUGUUUUUUUAUGUUCUGAGGCUGACUUCUAGGUCUUAGGUUAAUUUUUAGGAAGGCCUUGCAUGCCAUCAAAAGUACAUCUGGCUGUGGUUUUGUUUUUUGUUUUUUUGUUUGGUUUUUUUUUUUUUGAUACAAAGUUUUCAAGCUCUGAAAUUCGUAAUCAGUGUCAAAUUACAUAAGUAGGAAGAUCUUAUACUGUGUCAAUUGUUACCAUUUAUCUGCUUUUAAUUUGCAUUUAAAACUGAAAAUUACUUUUACUGUAGUUAUAGCAUGCCAGAAUAAGUCACUUAUUGCAAACGUGGCUUGACCCUAAGACUACUUCCAAUGUCUUAUGAGACUUUCAUAAACUGUUUUCUUGUCAUUGCAGGUCCAGAAACUUACAUUUUAUAAUCAGUAAGAGUGUUGAGUUCAGACUGCACACAAGCCAUGAAAGGAUGGCCAAACAUGUUUAAAUGUUGCUGGUUUAUAUAGAAUAAGCCUUAGCAUCUGGCUCAUUUCCAAAUUGUUGCUGACGUGAUGUGCCAUACUUUAUGGACAGGUUUCUGUCAGGAAGUAACGGUGUUGAAUGGACAGACUGUCAGUUUUGGACCAUUAGCUGCAAGCUUUUUUUUUUUUUUUUUAAAUCAAAGUGUUAGCAUCUUGUUAAUCAGAUGAGAAGAUAAUUCAUUUUAUAUUAAUCCUUACUAGUUUACUUCCUGUUUAUUUUCCAUCUCAUAACUGGAUAUUUUUACUUCACUGGACCCUAAACUGAUUUUUUUUUUUUAACCAUUGUUUUAUUAAAUGCAAAAUAGUCCACCUGUUGUGCUCUUGAGCAGAUCGCAGGGUGGAGUUCAGGGUAAAGUUGAACCGUAUCUGUGGUGGCACCUCAAUAUUACGUCAUAUUAAAAAAGGAUAACAGCAUUAGCUCCUCGAUAAUGCUCCUCUAAUUGAAAUAAUGGAUCCAAAUGAAUGGUUCCUUUUCUUUCUAAACAUCUUCCCUGCUAAUGAAACCAAGUAACAUUUGAAAGAGUAAACUUGAUCCUGACUUUCUUGAGUUUUUGGAAGAUUAAAGUCAAACCUGGUAACCAAAGGACUGAUUUGUGGGUCUUCCCCGCUUUAACCAACUUGUUCAAAACCCCUAGUUGGCCAAAUACGGUGCCUGGUAUGUAGUAGGACUCAACUGGAAUGGGUUUUUUAAAAAAAAAUAACUCCUGAACUGAGUAGUUAAAAAUACUGUGUAGAAAAGUAUUCUAUAUUGCUAGGUUUGUUCUUUUAACCGCUGAGAUUUAUUAAGAUGCAUUAUUUUGAUUUUAAUCACUGCCUAAAACACUUUGGGUGGUAUUGAUGGAGUGGUGGGUUUUCCUCCAAGUGGCUAAAUGCAAUUUGACAUACUUUUCAUCCAAAGUUUUGUACAUCCUGUUGUUUUCUAAUGGAAAAAAAAUGUUAAUAUGGCUUUUUUGUACUACUAAAAAUAGCUUUGAGAUUAAGGAAAAUAAAAACUCUUGUACAGUUCAGAAUCGUGUUAUUAAGUCUGUAUUGGCAGUGUGUACAGUGGCAUUUGCUGUGAUUAUGAACACUUACUCUGGAUUAUAAUAAUCAUUUGGUCCAAUUCCUAUUGCUUGUAAAAAUAAAGUUUUACCAGUUGAUAUAA